AUGUAUCGAUUUGCUUCUAAAUUGGCUUCCUCCAUUGCUUCUUCCACCUCAAAGAACAAGAAUCUCGUGUAUAGUGGGGUAUUGUUAAGAAGAAAUUAUGUGACGAAAGAUAUAAACUUUGGAGUUGGGGCUCGUGCUGCUAUACUUCAAGGUGUUUCUGAGGUUGCUGAGGCUGUAAAAGUUACCAUGGGACCCAAGGGUCGAAAUGUGAUAAUUGAGAAAAGCCAUAGGGGUCCUAGGGUCACGAAGGAUGGUGUUACCGUGGCCAAAAGUAUCAGUUUUAAAGACAAAGCCAAAAAUGUUGGUGCCGAACUCAUCAAACAAGUGGCCAAGGCUACCAACACUGCUGCAGGAGACGGUACAACUUGUGCAACUGUUUUGACUCAGGCAAUACUCAUAGAAGGUUGCAAGUCAAUUGCUGCUGGUGUAAAUGUCAUGGACUUGCGUAAUGGAAUAAAUAAAGCAGUUGAUGCUGUAAUUACUGAUUUAAAAAGCAGAGCAGUAAGGAUAAGUACACCAGAAGAGAUAACCCAGGUUGGUACAAUAUCUGCAAAUGGGGAGCGUGAUAUUGGAGAAUUGAUUGCAAGGGCAAUGGAGAAAGUUGGGAAGGAAGGAGUCAUUACUGUUGCUGAUGGCAACACUUUGGAAAAUGAGUUGGAAGUGGUGGAAGGAAUGAAGUUAACUAGAGGCUACAUAUCUCCUUAUUUUAUUACUGACCAGAAGACCCAAAAAUGUGAAUUGGAGAAUCCAUUUAUCCUCAUCCACGACAAGAAAAUUUCAGACAUGAAUUCACUGUUGAAAGUUUUGGAGCUGUCAGUAACGAAUAAAAGACCACUCCUAGUUGUUGCGGAAGAUGUUGAUAGUGAUGCAUUGGCUAUGCUCAUACUCAACAAGCACCAGGCUGGACUUAAGGUUUGUGCUAUAAAAGCUCCUGGUUUUGGGGAUAAUAGAAAAGCAGCUCUCGAUGAUCUUGCGAUUCUUACCGGAGGAGAGGUUAUCACAGAAGAGCGUGGCAUAGCUCUCAAUAAAGUCCGACCUGAAAUGCUCGGCACUGCAAAAAAGAUUACUGUCACCAUUGAUGACACUAUUGUUCUACAUGGUGGUGGGGAUAAGAAGUUUAUUGAAGAUAGAUGUGUGCAGCUAAGGGAAGCAAUGGAGAGGAGUUCUGCAACAUUUGAUAAAGAAAAGGCACAAGAACGGCUAUCAAAACUCUCUGGCGGUGUUGCUGUUUUCAAGGUCGGUGGGGCUAGUGAGGCAGAAGUCGGGGAACGGAAAGAUAGGGUAACUGAUGCUUUAAAUGCCACUAGAGCAGCUGUGGAGGAGGGUAUUGUUCCAGGUGGCGGAGUUGCUCUCUUAUAUGCUAGCAAAGUCUUGGAGAAUCUUGAAACUAAAAACGAGGAUGAGAGAAGAGGAGUACAAAUUAUUCAGUACGCACUCAAGGCACCUACAUUUACAAUAGCUGCAAAUGCUGGUUUUGAUGGUUCUUUAGUUUAUAGCAAAUUGUUGGAACAAGAUAAUCUUAAUUUGGGUUUCGAUGCUGCUAAAGGAACUUAUGUUGAUAUGGUGAAGGCUGGAAUUAUAGAUCCUGUUAAAGUUGUUAGAACAGCUUUGGUAGAUGCUGCCAGUGUGUCGUUGUUACUGACGACAACCGAAGCAUCUAUAGUAGAAAAUGUGAGCGACAAAAACAAACCUCCUCAAAGGGUUGCGGAUAUGGAUGAUUUGGACUACUAA